CAACCUCAGACACUGCUCCUUAAGUUCCAAGGUAGGAGCUGUCCCCACCCAAGUUACAGAAUGACUCAGUUCUUCAACUGGAUAACAGGCCAAGCAGCCCCAGAAAAUUUCACUGGAGCUUAAAGAAACCAUCACAACCCAAUAGCUCAGGAAAAUUGGAGAGAACAGUUACAACAGCCACACCUUUCUGGAUAGAGGAGCUGAGGAGAAGAGAGAAUCAUAUCAUGAAGACAGGCAACUGCAAUUCACAAGCUCAAGAAGCAGCAGAACAGCCUAACUUCAGGGGAAUUCGUGACAUCCAUCAGCAAGUCUUGGUCCUUCAAGAGAAGACCCUCAUAGCAGUUCCUCAGGAUGUAGACGUGCACCCAAUCUCAAUGAUGAGCAUACCAUGCCGAGAUCAGUCUCUUGAAAAAGACAAAGGCAAUCCUAUUUACCUGGGAAUAGCAGAGACUGAACUGUGCCUGUGCUGUGAAGAGAGUGGAGAGCAGCCCAUAUUGAAGCUUAAGUUCUGCCCUUUGGGAUGAAGCAGAGAAUAUUUAAAUCCUUCUUCUACAUGAAAGACCAUCUAACUCUUGAAAAAAGAUAUCAUGAAAAAAAAUAAGAAAAAAAGUAUCAUGUCCUCCACAGAGCUGUUCUCCUUCAAGCUAACACCACCACUUACUUCAUCUUAUUCUUAUGUGGCAUGAUCUUAGCAUCUUUCAUCAUCCUGGGGUCCCUUCUCUGGAUACUCUGUACUUUUAAAGUUCUUACUGAAAUGUGGUGCUCAGAACUGAAUGAAUUAAAAACAUUGA